AUGGACGCCUUGCGCGACGCAACAAAGUGUCCUUUCGUCGCGCAAAAUCCAAACCCUAAUCCCCCAAUUCCAAUUUUUGGCGGAGUUAGAACAUUGCGCGACGAAAUUCGGAUUUUAUUAUUCGUCGCGCAAGAUGCAUGUAAAAAAUUUUGUGCGACGGAAGAUAUUAUUCGUUGCGCAAGAUCGACUAAAAUUUCAAAAACGUCACGACAACCUCCCUUUGUCCCUUUCUCAGUUUUGUUCUGGGCCAAAACCCUAAAACCCUACCUAUCUUCUCUCUCCUCCGCCGUCACCUCAGCCAUCUACCCGUCCCCGCCGUACAAUUUGGACCCGCCUUGCCACCACCCCUCCGCCGGCUUCCCCCGCCCUCACCUCGCAGAAUCUUCUUCCGGCAAUGUUUUCUCUCUCCUCGGGCCCCAAUUUGAACAGCUGAUGAUGUGUUUCUGGACCGGCCAGUGUCCCGACUGCCCCACCCGACUUUUAGCCGCCGCCCGGCUUCCACACCGCCCAUUCCCUGCCCUGCCCAACCUAUUCCCCGUGCCACUGAUGGCACCCGUCCCAGUUGGGUCCCCUGGGGGGAUCCCAGGCCGUCCUGCGUCCAUCCUUCAGUCAGUGGUGCCCUUUAGCGCUAGGCGGCGGCACCGCCCGCCAAGCACCACGCACACCGGGCGUCGGCCCGAUCCAUACGGGCCGUCGGUGUCACCCCGGUUAAUAUCCCUUUGCCCUGUAGUUCUCUUUUUACGCGAAGGUCACCCGGGUGACCAACAGUCGUAUCAGCAUCGAUAUGACGCGCGCCAUCGGGCUGCACCGACGGCGGACUUGCAUAGCUCCUUGGCCCACGACAUUGGCCACGUCGUUCGGACCCAUUGCCCGAUGCAAUGGAAGUCUUGGAAGGUCAUGCCUGACGAGAUCAAGAUGCAAGUUCGCGGCCAGUUGUCGACGAACUACGACUUAGAGGACCUCAACGAGGAGACUUUGGCGUACGUCAACAGACUCUUCGGUGAGAGGUACAAGCAGUGGAAGAGCGACUUGCACCACCAUUUUCAGGCGUUUGAUGAUCCGCAAGUCGCUCUUCAGGAGGGUUGCCCGAAGGAGCUUGAGGGCGGGAGGAUAGUUGGGCGUGGCUCUGCGCUCAUUUUCAGGCGCCCGAUUAUGUGGAAGAAGAAGACUCUUCUCCACCAUUCCGGCUCCAGGCCCUUCUCAUAUAGGAUGGAUGCACGGCGUCGGGGGGGGUCGAAAUUCCCAGAGAUCGACGUCUUUGGUGACGUUUAUGUUCGACCUGGGAAUGAGUUGGCCGAGUCCCUUCAUACGACGAUGGUGGAGAGGAGCCAGUUGGUUCUUCAAGAGUCCGCCUCCCAACUUCCUCCCGAGACUCCGAUCGAGUCUGUGGAUCCUCCGCAUGAUGCUGGAUUUCAGAUUUUGACGCAGACGUUGGAUCAGACUCUCGGGAGGAGGCCGGAACGUAUUGUAGGGGGAUGGGGAAUGCCCGACAGAGGGAACCUCGACCGCGGUCAUCGUCGCAGGCAAACAGUCAGGUGA